GGGAGCGAGGGGACAGCUCGGGAGCAGCCGGAGCGGUAGCGGCGGCGGCGGCGGCGAGGCUCGGCGCCCUCUUCUCUGCAAACCAUGUUUGCCAAAGGCAAAGGCUCGGCGGUGCCCUCGGACGGGCAGGCUCGGGAAAAGUUAGCUUUAUACGUCUACGAAUAUUUACUGCACGUAGGAGCACAGAAAUCUGCACAGACCUUCUUGUCAGAGAUUCGAUGGGAAAAAAACAUCACGUUGGGAGAACCGCCUGGGUUUUUGCACUCGUGGUGGUGCGUAUUUUGGGACCUUUACUGUGCAGCUCCUGAAAGGCGAGACACUUGUGAACAUUCGAGUGAAGCAAAAGCCUUUCAUGAUUACAGCGCAGCAGCCGCCCCGAGCCCCGUGCUUGGCAACAUUCCCCCCAACGACGGGAUGCCGGGAGGCCCCAUCCCGCCAGGUUUCUUUCAGGGUCCUCCGGGGUCACAGCCCUCGCCGCACGCACAGCCUCCACCUCACAAUCCCAGCAGCAUGAUGGGACCCCACAGUCAGCCUUUUAUGUCACCGCGAUACGCAGGCGGCCCCAGGCCCCCGAUCAGAAUGGGAAACCAGCCUCCAGGAGGAGUUCCUGGGACCCAGCCACUGCUGCCCAAUUCCAUGGAUCCCACCCGACAGCAAGGGCACCCCAACAUGGGAGGAUCAAUGCAGAGAAUGAACCCUCCCCGAGGCAUGGGACCCAUGGGGCCCGGCCCACAGAAUUACGGCAGCGGCAUGAGACCACCACCCAACUCCCUCGGCCCCGCCAUGCCCGGGAUUAACAUGGGCCCGGGAGCUGGCAGACCCUGGCCAAAUCCUAACAGUGCUAACUCAAUUCCAUACUCCUCCUCAUCACCUGGUACCUACGUGGGACCUCCUGGCGGUGGUGGCCCCCCAGGAACACCCAUCAUGCCUAGUCCUGCAGAUUCAACAAAUUCCAGUGACAACAUCUACACAAUGAUUAAUCCGGUGCCGCCUGGAGGCAGCCGGUCCAACUUCCCGAUGGGUCCAGGCUCGGACGGCCCGAUGGGAGGCAUGGGCGGCAUGGAACCACACCACAUGAACGGAUCGUUAGGGUCAGGUGACAUAGAUGGACUUCCAAAAAAUUCUCCUAACAACAUAAGUGGCAUUAGCAAUCCUCCAGGCACCCCUCGAGACGAUGGUGAGCUAGGAGGGAACUUCCUCCACUCCUUCCAGAAUGACAAUUAUUCUCCAAGCAUGACGAUGAGCGUGUGAUCCCCUCCUCUUCUCCGAGACGCUGAGAGAGCCGGCAUUGCAGGCGGGAAGAUGCCAGAAAUUAUGCAAGAAGAAGUGAGGUGUCAUUACCCAGGAGCUGGGGGAGGGGCGUCUCCCUGCUCCCCCUCAGCCCCCACCCUCCUCCUCCAGUCCCCCCCACCUGUCCCAAUUUUAGUUUCAUGCAAUAAAAAGGCCGAACUUUUUAUUCCAUAAAACAUGAAGGACAAAACUCAAAAUAAAAAUAUAUUUCAAGUCAAUGACCAGAAAAAUCCCACCCCUUGCCCUUUCCCAAAAGGACCUUUUAUGUACAUGACACUUUUUUGUUGUUUUUUUUGUUUGUUUGUUUGGGGUUUUACCGUUACUGGGAUUUUUUAAUUUGUUUUCAGGGGGGUUUUUUUGGGGGAAAAAUUUUUAAAAAUGGAAGCUUCUAGCAAGUCCCCCACCCACCCCACCCCAAUCAACCUCUUUGCUUUCUUCUUUAAAAAAAAAAAAAAAAAAUAGAAAAAAAGAAAAAAGGACCAAAAAAAAAAAAAAAAAAAAGCCCUGCUGUCUGUCUGUACCCAAGCCCUUCCACCAGGAAAGCUAGUCUAGGUGUGAGAUCUCACGCUGUCUUUGUAGCCAUCUAAAAAUAAUAAUAAUAAUAAUAAACUGGGCAGUUUACAAUCGGUGGUUUCUUUCAAAAGGCCUUUUUUGGAAAGAGACAAGAAAGUCCCCUUUCUCCAUUUGGGGUUUUCGGUUUGUGCGGAUGGGCAAGUAAGGGGUGGGAACCUGUUUUGUUUUCGCUUGGUUUCUCCCGGCGAGGUGGCCUCAGCAGCUGCACAACUGGGACCCCAGAACCACCCCCUCCCGUAUGUGGCCCGAGGGGCCAGACCACCUGACCGCUUUCAGGACUCCGCCACAGCGGAGACUCGCUGUGACCCGGUGGCAUGCACUGUGUUCCCAGGACUGCUUCCUCCUCUCUCUCUUCUGGACCUUCCCCUGCCCGGCCUCCCUGCCGCUCCAGCCCUCUCCUCAGCCCCCACCCCAGUCUUCCCAGCGAGAAUCCUGCCAGCUGGGUGGUGGCCUGGACGGAGCGCAGUGGGGGAGGCCGCCCCCAACAGGAUGGCUAUGACCUGGGACAUGGCAACCGUGACCCCCGCGUUCUCGCCCCGUGGCCCUGGCUCGCAUCGUCCUCGUCGUGUGUGCUCGUGUGUGCGGGCACUGUAGGGCUGGAGUUUGGGUUUCCUUUUGUUUUGGGUUUUUUUUUUUUUUUUCUCUUGAUUCUUGCUUCUUUUUCAAAGAUGGGAAUUGACCAGAAUUGCUCUGUAUACGCUUGGAACUGGAUGGAAAGACUUUGGAAUAGCUGUUGGGGGGGCGGGGGACACCAACAACCAAACAGACGUGCUGUUUCCGGUCCUGUUUUUAUUUUCAAAAACCGACAAAUGCGACAGUGGAGCCUGUCCCCUCCUAGGAGGGGUGACUCAUGGCCUCCCUCACCUCACUACCCCCAUCGAACCUCUGUGUCUUGCCCUGAAGACACCCGAAUUCUUUGUACAUUUACAGCCCCUCCUCCCUGCUCCCCUGUAGCUGCUGUUUGUUUUCCUCCCUCCCCUUCCUGAUCCAUGUAUAUCAUACUAUGUGAGAUACCAUCUGCCUGAAAAAAGACCUUGUGCGGAUUAUUGGGAA